UUCACGUCCCACAACCAACCGACUGCAGUCCAAUGCUGUUGUUGUUGUUACUCUAUCGCCAAUAAAUUCUCGUGUUACUUCUAAUUGUGAUUUUAUUGAAGUGAAAACUUAUUGUGACUGCAAUUUCUUUUAGUGCUUGGACGAAGUGAUUUGUGUGAAUUGUGAGCUACUCCUUGAAUAUGAAGGUGUACCUGCUAUACCUGGCGCUCUGCUCCCUGUCACAAGCUGUGUACAUCAAACGCAUGGCCACAGUGAACAGGAUGCGGGUGCCCACAGCCUUCCGACCUGGAGUCAACCUGCAGAGACCCUGGGUGCACAACAGACUCGUCCAAGCAGCCUCGAAUCGAGCGCCGUAUGUGCUGUACAGGAAAUCUCCACAGAGAUACGCGGUAAAGCACUUCGCACCAUCAUCAACCCGCAACAUGUUCGCGGGCGGGCCCUGGAAGACCACAGUCCGGCUGCCUAUAUCGCCAGUGACACCAGAGUACGAGUUCGUGAAGGCAGCCUCCUCUGCGCCCGUGGUGCACACUGACGGUGGUACAGCAGGUGCGAUCCACACGAUACCAGCACCCAACCUCAGCCUCUCAGAGAAGCCGAUUGUGGUCAUAGAGUCAUCGGACAGUCCUGUGUCGGAGCUGCCUAGACCAUCGUACGAAGUCACAGAAAAAUAUCCAGAGAAUGAAUACAGUGUGGCCAAAAUAGAAUCGCCCGUAGGAUUUUCCAAAUCGACAUCCUUCACAACGCCAGAACUGCAGACAUUGAUAAGAAACGGAGCGGCGUUACAACUGGCGUCCGAGUAUUCCUUGCCGGCUAUUAGCAUUAAUCCACAUCAGCCUCUACACCAUCAGUAUCCAUUGCAGGGGCUACAGAACUCACUGCCGACGCCACAAGACGUAAUAAACACCGGAGCGGAUGGCUUGUUUAUACCACCGCACGCCUUGUACCAAAAUGAUCCAAUGUUCUUGCAAAAACUUCAAAAUCAACUGCUCCAGCGUUUCCCGUCAGUAGAAUUUAUCCCUUACGCCGCUGAAGCACCAAAACAAGCUCUGCAGCCAGAAGCAUCUCAGAUUCACACUCAAGUGGUCCAUCCUCAACAUCCUCAAAUGAUGCAGCCCCAACUAGUUCACACACAAAUCAUUCAUCCACAAGAACUCCAGCCACAAAUGAUUCUCCUGAAAAAUGAACAACUGGACAAACCAUUACCACAACACAGUGAACCUAAGACCGUGGUACAGAGAGAGACGCAGGAAAAUACAGUUGUUACAUUCGUACCCCAACCGUUUACAGUUGCUAAUACAACAGAAAAGCAAGUGGAGAAUACCCCGCCUCCUCAGCCAGAGAAUAUCACAUUGGAACUGGUAGCAUCAGAAACACAGCCACCGACGACCACAGUAAAAUACAUAAUUGAGACUAACACUGAAGAACAAAACACGACUCCUAUUUACUACGCACAAGUAGGACAAAGUGUUGGCAGUGUCAUCGCCAAUGGCUUUUACUCGGCCAUCAACGACGUGAGAGCUGCAGCAGCGCUGGCUCAAGUUGACCAAUCGCCAGUGUACAAGCCUACCGAGAAUGUCACUACUACAACCAUUGCCUCUGAUCUAAAAGCGUACUUUGUCAAAAACGAUGAGAAGUCUGACAAUAAAACACAGGGUGCUGAACUGAAACCACUGUUGGGAGUUCCAUUUACGAAGUCAACAAAUUCUGUUAACGUAGAGUAUACAUUAGUGAGGUCAGAUGAUAAUCAACCUAAAGUGAAUCAGGAAGGGGCUGUAUACGCAGGGCAAAUUGUGGAAGCCACAAUAACCGAGGACCAAGAUUUUAAUAAAGAAAAAGCUAGUUUGAUAUCUCGGAGAGCACCUAUAAGGCUGUUUGCUGUAGACACUAAAAAUAUAGCCAGUUCAGCUAACACUUUACCACGAGUGGCUGUAGUUAAAGCAAAAAUCCCACCAAAGAGCAAGUUAACAUUUGAUGAUAAAACAGGAGAGCCCAUCUUGAGAAUAUAUGCCAGUUAUGUUGACAACCCAAAACAGAAAGACGCAGUAGUAUCAAAAUUGACAAACCUAAAGCAAGCCAAAGACGCUGCGUCCAGGAAAGAAGGGGUGGACAAUUGGAAGGCAGCUACCAUCAAGUCAGCCGACACUACACAGGGAGUAGACAGUAAUCACGUCACACAGUUCGGACUUAAGCUUAGAGAAAGAAAUGAUUACUACGAACCAUUCUUUGAAGAUUACGAAGAAUUGUGAAUAGGUUAAAACACAAAACAUACACAGUUAAAUGUUUCAGUACAUAGUAGGGAGGAUCAUGAGAAACAAUUUGCGUUUCUGAUUAUUUCGAGAUUUCUAUUUUAACGAACUCACAAAUCUUUUUCCAUAUUUAAACGAACUUGAAACUGAAACCUGGACUAGGUAUUUGUUGCAUACCUAUAGAAUUUCCAGAUCAUAGGAAAUAUCAUAGAAUUUCCAGUUAAUUAGAAAUAUUAAAGCAGUUGACAAUAAUUAGUUUGGAUUAAUGACAAAUAGUGUAACAUAACAAUCGAAAUAGUAAUGAACAGUGACUUUAAACGAAUAAACCGCUGUAUAUUUUUCUUACGGUAUGGUAAUGCCCCUGUAAAAACUAAAAUAAACCGAAUUAAUUAUUAUGUUAUCGCCUUACUCCCUUAACUGUUUGACGUGGAACUCGACUACUUUCAAGCCAUGCUAGAGGCAUGCAUUUUGAUUUUGA